AUGAUUGGGUUUAGUCUAACAGACAAGCAAAAGGCUUUGCGUGAGGGGUCUGCCAAAAUUGGCAAAGAAAUUCUCUCUCCUGCGAGAGCCAUAUAUUCUCAAUACAACGACCAAGAAUCUCGAUUUCAAGCCACUUUACCAUUUUACGAACAGCUUGUGAAAGCAGGCUUUGUAAAGGCCCAAGUUCCGACAGCGCUCGGUGGAAGCAAUGAAUCGUUCAUAGAUGGCGCAAUUGUUGCCGAAGAACUCUAUGCGGUUGAUUCGAGCAUCAUGCUUCAUGUGCUUGGCACUGGGCUUGGGUUGAUGCCUCUUAUUCUUGGCGGCACACCAGAGCAGCACACGAAGUUUCUUGCUCCUUUCCUCACUUGCGAUGGCAAUCCACUUGCAAGUUUAACUCAUUCGGAACCGGGUGGCACUGCCAACUGGCUUGAAAAGGGUGGCAAGGGACUGGAAACUACUGUGAGAAAAGAGGGUGAUUACUACGUUGUAAAUGGAGAUAAGGUACGAAAUCUCAACCAAAUUAUUGAUCUAUUAGCUCACUUCACGCUCACCAACUUUGACCGUAUGCAGCUGUGGACUACUAAUAGCGCCGGUUGGGAUGGAAAGGGCGCUGCUCUCUCAUGUCUCUGUUGUCGGUAUUCUGAGGAUGGCGGACCUCAAGAUCCCCAGGAUGAUCCUGCGUCAAAUAUCAUCGUUCUUCUGGUAACGCGAGACACGGUAGCUCAGAACGAACCUGGAGCAUACCAAAAGAUUGAAGAGCCGAAUCUCAUGGGUCACAUCGCUGCCUCUGGCCCACUGACUAGAUACACCAAUUUCAAGGUCCCGGUUACAGACGUAUUGGCACCGGGAAAUGGCGCGUCAGUUAUCGAGCGAGCAUUUAGCAUGUCUGCUGCACUGGCAGGUGCUAUGUCUGUUGGAAUAAUGCGCGCAGCCUUUGAAGCAGCCUUGAAGUUUGCUCGAGAAGAUAGCCGCAGGGGCACAGUGCCUGUUAUAGAAAGACAAAGCGCAGCGGAUUUGUUGAUCAACGCUAAGCUCAAGAUUGAUACGUCUCGCAUUCUCGUCUGGAAGGCCCUUGAUGGAGUAGAAAAAGGAACUGGAGAUGACAGGAGCCGAUAUGAAGCCUGCUUGCAGGCCAAGAUCUACUGUAGUGAUCAGGCUGUGGCUGCUGUCUGGGACACAAUGCAGUUAGUGGGAAUAACAUCUUACCGAACCGAUACAGAGUUCCCCAGAUUGUUAAACGAUGCUGCGGUGUUCUCACUUUUUGAUGGAGGUAACAUUGGUGUUCGGCGGAGGCAGCUUCAGCGGCUGAUGCAGGAUGAAGACUAUAAGCCAUGGGCAAGUUUAUGGUGA